CGGGGCCGCGCGGGGGCUGAUGGGAUCGCCGUCGGGGCGGCCCAACCCCUCCUUCGGCGGGCGGCGGCGGGAUGCGCGGCCCGGCGCGCGGCAGCUGUGAAUUCUUGUAGAAGAUUAAUAGCUCUACCAACAUUUGUCCACUGUAGAAGAUGGGUGGAUUAAUUUCGAGAUGGAGGCAGGCAAAGCCUUCUACUGUAGAAGUAUUAGAAAAAAUUGAUAAGGAAAUACAGACGUUAGAAGAAUUUAGAGAAAAAAAUCAGAGACUACAGAAACUAUGGGUUGGAAGGCUGCUGUUCUACUCUUCACUUCUUUAUCUUGCCACCUGCUUAAUUGUGUAUUUGUGGUGUCUUCCUGAUGAAUGGACAGCAAGGUUUUCUAUGACGCUUCCAUUUUUUGCAUUUCCACUGAUAAUCUGGUUUAUAAGAACACUGCUCAUUUUUUUCUUUUCCAGAAGGACAGAAAGGAAUAAUGAUGCGCUGGACGAUUUAAAAUCUCAAAAGAAAAAAAUUCUUGAGGAAGUGAUGGAGAAGGAAACAUACAAGACUGCUAAACUAAUUCUUGAAAGGUUUGAUCCAGAAUCAAAUGCAAAGGAGGCUGAACUGCCAUCUGCUGGAACAUCUGCAACCUCAAGACCUGGACAAGAAAUUCGUCAGAGGACUGCAGCUCAAAGAAAUGCUUCUACACCCACACCUGCUACUCCUAAGCAAGGCUCUCCAAAAUCACUUGUUUUGGCAACACCAUCUCCUAAUCAGCAGAGGGAUGCAUCUGCUCUUCUUACUGGACAACCAGAAAGAACUGCUGUGCCACCCUUGCAGUCAAACAUUCUACCAAGACGCCCUGGAUCCCCAGCUACUUCAGUGCCUGGAAUGGGUCUUCAUCCUCCAGGCCCUCCUUUAGCGAGGCCUAUUCUUCCUCGAGAAAGAGGAGUUAUGGAUAGAGUUAUUGAAUAUUUGGUUGGUGAUGGUCCUCAGAACAGGUAUGCCCUUAUAUGUCAGCAGUGUUGUUCUCACAAUGGUAUGGCUCUGAAGGAGGAGUUUGAAUAUAUAGCAUUUAGGUGUGCCUACUGCUUUUUCCUGAAUCCUGCAAGAAAAACGAGACCUCGGGCUCCACGGCUACCAGACUUCAAUUUUGAAAAAAAGCAACUUCCAGAAUUGCAGUCGGAAACAGAGCAUCCAGAAUCGAGAGAGAGAGAACCGCAGGGGAAUCGGCAGACAGAAGAAUCUGAAGAAGUGGCUCAGCUCACUGAGUCAAAUGAGACGGAUGAGAAAGCACCAAGUGCUGAGCAGUUGAGUGAUAGUCUUGUUGAAGAAGCUGAAAAAGAAGCAGCAGAAAAUGUUUCAACAACUGAAGACUCUGUUUCAGAUUCUGCUAUUUCAACUGAACAAAGUGAGGAAUCCUUAAUGAAAGCAGAAUAAAGUACUUCAAGUGCCUUCUGUAGCUAGUUAUUAGCUUUGUUCAUGCCUGUUGUUACUAUUCAGGUGAGCUUUUUUAAAUGGUACAACUUAAAAAUCUCGCUUGAGCUUGAAACUGCCUCAACUGCCACAGUACGUCAAAGCUUUGUGUAAAAGUGGAUAUUGUAAAUUAAGCAUGUCUUUAAGUUAACUCACAGAAUGUAUAGUUGGUUGAAGUCUAACAGUCAUAGACGUAGUUCACUAUGCAUAUUUGAAAAACUGAACUUUUAAGUUUUAUUAAAGGUGACCUGUAACUUGGCAUCUCUUUAGCCGUUAACGAACAACUACUGGCCCACAGCUGAUCUAGUAAAUUUGGUCUAGUGAACUUAGAUACCUUUUAAUGUUUCCCUACUGAAGUAAAUUGAGUACAUCUUAAAUACAGAUGUUUACAAAUUGAAGUGUCAUCGGACUUUUGACUUAAGCAUAUGGAAAGUGUCAUUACAGUAGUGUUGAUGUUAUUCAUAGUUUAACUUUUUGAUAGAAUUCAAUUAAAUGACACUCAAAAAUGGUAUCUCCUUUGGUAUUUGCAUUGCAGAUGAACCAGAGGCGCAUACAUACAGUUCUGUUUUGUGUUUACAUAAAAUAUAGAAAGUCUCUGCACUUGAUUGUACUUGAAUACGAAGCACUAUUUAUACCUGUAAAAUAAUGACAAGAUAUAAGUGAAUCUUGUGCCUUUGUGUAUUUUGUUAAAGAAAAAUAAAGAUGUCUAGCAGCAAACUUG